AUGGUGAUUUCUUUUCCUUUUAGGGAGGUAGAGACGGGGUAUGAUACAACACUUUCUAUCUAUCUAUCUAUCUAUCUAUCUAUCUCAGUCCGUAUUUCUUCAGUUCUAUUAUAUCUUUCUAUGUAUCUAUCUUAUUUUCUUCAUCUUUCUUUAUCUAUCUAUCUAUCUAUCUAUCUAUCUAUCUAUCUAUCUAUCCAUCUAAAUUUGUUUUUCUUUCUAUCUCAGUUUCUAUCUAAUAUUUCAUGUUCUUCAUAUCUAUCAAUCCUUCAUUUUCUCUUUCUUUCUUACUAUCUCAGUUUAUUUUAUCUAUCUAUCUAUCUAUCUAUCUAUCUAUCUAUCUAUCUAUCAGUUUGUCAAUCUAUUUUUCUCACUGUCUAUCUCAAUAUGUUCAUAUCUAUUUCUCUUCUGUCUGUUCAUAUCUAUCUAUCUAUCUAUCUAUCUAUCUAUCUAUCUAUCUUAGUCUGUUCAUAUCUAUCUGAGUCUGUUCAUAUCUAUCUAUUACAGUCUGUUCAUAUCCAUUUAUCACAGUCUGUUUAUAUCUAUCUAUCUAUCUAUCUAUCUAUCUAUCUAUCUAUCUAUCUAUCACAGUCUGUUCAUAUCCAUCUAUCUGUCUAUCACAGUGUUCAUAUCUAUUUAUCUAUCUUCUGUUCAUAUCUAUCUAUCUAUCUAUCUAUCUAUCUAUCUAUCUAUCUAUCUAUCUAUCUUAUCUGUUUAUAUCUAUCUAUCUAUCUAUCUAUCUAUCUAUCUAUCUAUCUAUCUAUCUAUCACAGUCUGUUCAUAUCCAUCUACCUGUCUAUCACAGUAUUCAUAUCUAUCUAUCUGUCUUAUCUCAAACCGUUCAUAUCUAUCUAUCUAUCUAUCUAUCUCUCUAUAUAUAUAUAUAUAACAGUCUGUUCAUAUCUAUCUAUCUAUCUAUCUAUCUAUCUAUCUAUCUAUCUAUCUAUCUAUCUAUCUAUCUUAGUCUGUUCAUAUCUAUCUGAGUCUGUUCAUACCUAUCUAUCUAUCUAUUACAGUCUGUUCAUAUCCAUCUAUCUAUCACAGUCUGUUUAUAUCUAUCUAUCUAUCUAUCUAUCUAUCUAUCUAUCUAUCUAUCACAGUCUGUUCAUAUCCAUCUAUCUAUCACAGUCUGUUCAUAUCUAUCUAUCUAUCUCAAACCGUUCAUAUCUAUCUAUCUAUCUAUCUAUCUAUCUAUCUAUCUAUCAUAGUCUGUACAUAUCCAUCUAUCACAGUCUGUUCAUAUCUAUCUAUCUAUCUAUCUAUUACAGUCUGUUCAUAUCCAUCUAUCUAUCACAGUCUGUUUAUAUCUAUCUAUCUAUCUAUCUAUCUAUCUAUCACAGUCUGUUCAUAUCCAUCUAUCUGUCUAUCGCAGAAUUCAUAUCUACCUAUCUAUCUGUCUUAUCUCAAACAGUUCAUAUCUAUCUAUCUAUCUAUCUAUCUAUCUAUCUAUCUAUCACAGUCUGUUCAUAUCCAUCUAUCUAUCACAGUCUGUUCAUAUCUAUCUAUCUAUCUCAAACCGUUCAUAUCUAUCUAUCUAUCUAUCUAUCUAUCUAUCUAUCUAUCUAUCUAUCUAUCUAUCAUAGUCUGUACAUAUCCAUCUAUCACAGUCUGUUCAUAUCUAUCUAUCUAUCUAUCUAUCUAUCUCAGGCUAUUCAUAUUUAUCUAUGUUUCUCUCAUCAUAUCUAUCUAUAA